AUGAAACUUGGAUGUUUUCUCAUUUCAGUCGUAGCAGUAUGUUCAGCAACAGGUGAUCCUCAUUACAAAACAUUUGAUGGAAGACGUUACAACUUCAUGGGAAAAUGUGAGUACGUCUUGGCCAAGGACUCAAACGAAACGUUUAUGAUUCUACAGGAUAGUGAACCAUGUGGUAGGGGAAAAGCGACAUGUACAAAUGCUAUCACGGUAAACAUACAAGGAACGAUAAUAUACCUGAGAAGAGGAGAAAAUGUGUUGGUCAAUGGUGCAAAUGUAACAUUGCCAUAUUCAAACCAAGGUAUGGAUGGAAACGAUACUACACGAUAUUAAUAUGUACAGUGGCCAAUUGUAUUUUGUGGCCAGCAGGCAGGGGUGAAACAUUUUUUGAAUAUUAAGGCCAUUUGAUAAAAAAAUUAUUUUCUUCAUAUAUGCAUGAUUCGUAUUUAUGUGAUACCUCUUGUAUAUAUUAUUUAAUUCAUUACUUACUAUUACCUAACUAUUCCUAUGUUACCUAACUAUACCACUGUUCAAAUUCAGACCUUUUGCUUUAAUUGUUUCAAUUAAACUUAAAACUUUCUUUCAUAUAUUCGUUUAGGAAUAAAUAUCAAAACGUUUAAGAAGCGUGGCAUAAAGAUCACAACAGACAUUGAUUUAAUUGUUGAAUAUAAUGGCGUAUUUAAUAUUUUUGUCAAAGUUACCAACAGUUAUGAAGGAAAAUUAUCUGGUCUUUGUGGCAACUUUAAUGGCAAACGUGAUGACGAGUUUAAGACACCGAAAGAUAGACUUGUGCAGAAAGCAGUAACAUUUGGAAAUUCCUGGAAAAUAGGUGACAGUUGUCCUGAUGUCGAAACUGUUGAAGAGGACCCAUGUAAAAAUGCCAGUACACGUGCACAGAAAGCUAAAGAAGAAUGUUCUGCACUUAAAAAACAACCUUUUUCAAGGUGUAAAAAAGCCUUAGAUCCCAAUGCAGGUUAUAUAAAAGAUUGCGAGUACGAUGUCUGCGCAUGUGAAGAUAAUCCUAAGGCGUGUUUAUGUGAAUCUUUCGCUGCUUACGAAGAAGAGUGUGAUGAUUUAGGAAUUGAAAUCAAAUGGAAACAUCUCAAGAAAUUUUCGAAAUGUAGUAAGUUAAAAUAUAUUGAAUUGAAAUAGCAAUUUAUCCCCAUGGGGAUAUUGGAGACUGGAGAAAGAGGUGACGACCUGCCCACCCAACAAAAUCCGGAAUUUCCCAUAUUUGGAAAUUAUUAUAUUUGGAAUUAAUAUGCUCACUACGUGCUUCAAGUACUACUUUAGGAUAAUCUACUAUAUAUCAAUUUAUGAAUUUGAGCUUCCAUGUGUGAUAAACACUCCAAACACAGUUAUUGGGAAAUUCAGAAGUCUCUUUGAUAAUUUAAGGAUUCGUUUGAAACAUAUUUAAUCUGCACUCCUCCCUCAACCACCAUGGGGUUACCUGAGGCCCGGGGUGUCCAAUGAUGCCGUAUUAUGUAUAUGUAUGAAAACCAGUAGGUUAAGAUUCAGGUUAGCAACAACCAUCAUACAUUUACAGUGGGGAACAACCAUUAAAGAUGCUUUAAAAAUCCUUACUGUACAUACGUUCUGCGCAGGCCUCGGGAUCCGACCAUUAGAAUGUUAUAUUAAUGUUUCGCACCUUCCAAAAUUUGUUGAAUUGAAUCUCUAUAGUCUGUUUUAAUUUACAAGCAUAUAGCGAACCAGAAGAGUGUUAAAAAUUCAGUAUAGAGUAUUUGCAUGUAACGUCAUAAAAUUUCUAAAAGCUUAAGAGUUUAACAUAUAUAGUUGCCCAUUUUAUAUAUUUUGUAUAUCCUUACUACAAGUAUUCCUGGCAAAUUUCAAGUCGAUACAGUAAUUCCUUCGCGAGUUAAAGGUGCUUGAAUAAUUUAUAUUGCUGACGUCAUUAUUAUUUUGAAAGGCCGUUAUAAGCUACGUGGUUUUCCAAACAUAAGUCGAAAUAUUUCGAUGGGCUUUCAAAAGCUUUAUAUAAUUAAUAUCAAACAUAACUGUGGACCUGUGUAAUAAAAUAUAACUUUUCUUGAGCAUUUACUACACGGCCGCCAUGUUGAUGGUCCAAUAUUACGCAAUCUCAGACCACCAACAUGGCGGCCGUGUCGUAAAUGCCCAAGGAAAGAUAUAUUUUAUCACACAGGUCCUCAAUUGUGUUUGAUGUUAAGUAUAUAAAGCUUUUGAAAGCCCACCGAACUAUUUCAACUUAGGUUUGGAAAACCGCGUAGCUCAUAACGGCCUUUCAAAAUAAUGCUGAUGUCAGCAAUAUAAAUUAUUCAAGCCCUUUUAACUUGCGAAUGAAUCACUGUAUCAACUUGAAAUUUGCUAGGAUUACUUGUAGCAAGGAUAUACAAAAUAUAUAAAAUGGGCAACUAUAUAUGUUAAACGCUUAAGCUUUUAGAAUUUUUAUGACGUCACAUGCAAACACUCUAUAAUAUAUAUCUAAUCAUUUUUUACAAUUGUAGCACUGAGUUCAAAAUGUAAAAAAAAGCGUUUGCGGUUUACAUUACGGACUUUACAGCAUCUUUAAAUUUUGAGUAUAUCAGUACUGUAUAAAUUCCCUGCACAAGCAAGUUUGACGGUUGAUACAGCUAGUCCUUGUGCGCCGAAUGGUAGUUACUCUUACCUAACGGUAGAGUUUGACGGGCUCUGAGGUACACGAUUGUUGUCUCUUUCUCGACUCAGAGACGCUCACCGUUUUCUAGUCGAAAAGGAGUUGUGGGGCUUUGAGGGUUUUGUUGCAAAUUCAAGUCCCGAAUUCAAGACUUUGAAUGUGAGACCCGUACCGGGUUUCACAUUUUCAGCUCAGCCUUCAGAACUCGACAAAAAACAAUAGGAAAUGGGUGUGGUAGGUUUAUAAAGUGGGAAACAGCCAUUUAGUAUUGAGGCGGCAACACUAGUUAUUAAAUAUUUUGGGUUGGAAACAGUUAUUAAAUAUACAUUCACGCAAAGAGAGAAACAGUCUUUAAAGUUGUUAAUAAUGCUCAAACACUGCCUUCAGUUGAUUAAAAGAGGAAUAGGGUAGCGCUCUCUAAAGUAAUAUUACAGUGUUCAAAACAAGUCACCUGUCAUUCUAUAGGUUCACCAUGUUCCUCAGCUCCAUGUCGAAAUGGAGGGAAAUGUACAGAAGAAGGAAAUUCUUUCAAAUGUACUUGUCUUUCUGGAUUUAAAGGGAAAAGAUGCCAGAAAAAGGGUAUAGAGUCAAAGUAAUAUUGUCAUUUUAAUUGUGUAUAAUAUAGUUUCUCAAGGAAAAGAUUCUUACAGGUAAUUUUUCUGAGUCCUGAAAUUCAUGACUGAAAUGAUCAGUAAUCAAAGAAGAGGUAUACCACCUGUAUAGGGUGAAUUGUUGUUGGAUUUUAUACAUUUUCGAUUAUGGAUUGUCAGGGGGGGGGGGGUGUGCAAAUAACAAACACGUAUUUCCGGCAGCAGCCAGCCAAUCAACGCCGCGAUAGCGACUGUUUACAAUAUUUGAAAGUAAUGUAUACCUGAAAAUAUAUAAGGAGAAUUUCGACGUUUCGAGCGAAGGCUCUUCCUCUGGAGUUGGGCCUUCGCUCGAAACGUCGAAGUUCUCCUUAUAUAUUUAUAGGUCAGUCUAUAUAAUAGCCGAAUGCUCGUAAAUAAAAUAUCUAACCAGAAAACGUUGUGUUUCAUUACGUAUAAUCUUGUGCACGCAUCUUCCAUAUAUUCUUGAAUUAAACUAACUAAAUUAUUUCAGGUUCACCAUGUUCCUCAGCUCCAUGUCGAAAUGGAGGGAAAUGUAAAGAGAAAGGAAAUUCUUUCAAAUGCACUUGUCUUGCUGGAUUUGAAGGGAAAAGAUGUCAACAGAAAGGUAGUGAUAUGCCGUGAAUUCUGUCCGUAAUUAAGCCAACGGUGAUUUCACUUAUUUCAGAGACAUUUGUGGGUUGGGGAUAAUAGAAAGGGUGCCCACAGAUUUGCCGAAACAAAUCGAGGGCUCCAAAUUUGAAACAAGGGAGAAAGAACACAUUCGAAAUGUUAAUAAUUAUGAAAAAAUGUUUGUGUGAUGUUACUCUGAGUGUAUAUCCACACCGGGCAGGCUUGAAAAAUAUGCCUGGCCACGGCGGGACCUUUGGAAUACUAUACGACCUUUGGAAUACUAGCCCAAUGCUCUUCCAACUGAGCUAUCCGACCUGGUCAGGUCGGUUCGAGUAUGCGAUAUUUCGGAACAGAAUCUAGUUCCUUCGAUAUCAGUGUAAUCUAAUAAUCAUGAAAUGUGUAUAUUCGUGUAUAUUUCAUGUGUAUAUUACACCAACACAGCGCUACAGAUUUCAUGAUUAUUAGAUUACACUGAUAUCGAAGGAACUAGACUCUGUUCCGAAAUAUCGCAUACUCGAACCGACCUGACCGCGUAGCUCAGUUGGAAGAGCGUUGGGCUAGUAUUCCAAAGGUCGUAGGUUCGAAUCCCGCCGUGGCCAGGCAUAUUUUUCAAGCCUGCCCGGUGUGGAUAUACACUCAGAGUAACAUCACACAAACAUCUUAUUCACCUGAGUACAUUACACCAACACAGCGUUACAAAUUUCAUAAUUAUGAAAAAGGUUCAAACGUGGAUUUACUCACAAAGUCAGGAUCCACAUUGAUGACGGGCAUUUAAUCGGCAAAGAAACAUAAGGAUUAGAAAAACUCCUUGCCCUUCGUUUUCAAAACUAUUUCACCUUUCGAAAGUAAUCAUUUUGGUUGGGGCAAUGGCAGUGUCACGUAAAAAAUGUGCAAUGAUGGUGUAGCCAGCUGAGCAUGCAAUUAUUAAUAUUUAUUAUACUGUACACAUUUCUAUAAAUUACAUAAAUUCCUUAGCUUGUUUUGGAUUGCAAAUAAUAAUCGUGGCGCAUUAAAAGGACAGGAACGUCGCUUAUUUUAUUAAUUAAAAAAAGUUUUUCUAUAGAAUCGUCAUGUGAUUCUGAAUCAUGUUUUAACGGAGGAAAAUGUUCAAAUGUUGGAGAUUCAUUCGAGUGUAAAUGUCCUUCUGGUUAUAAAGGGAAAAGAUGUCAGCAAAUAGGUAGGAUUUCAUUUUAUUUCAUUUUCUUUUGCACAUUUCCAUUAAUCGAUACCCUUUGUAAUCCUUUAACCAAAAUUGUGAAAAAAACGUUUUAGUAUCUCCGUGUGAUUCUGGACCAUGUGAAAAUGGAGGUGAAUGUUCAAAUGUUGGAAAUUCCUUCGAGUGUAAAUGUGCUUCUGGUUAUAAAGGAAAAAGAUGUCAGGAAAUAGGUAAGAUUACGGCACCGUAUCCGUUGCACAUUGCUAUAUUAAUUGAUACCCAUUUUAUUCAUUUAACCAAAAUUGUGAAAAAAUGUUUUAGUAUCUCCGUGUGAUUCUGGACCAUGUGAAAAUGAAGGUGAAUGUUCAAAUGUUGGAAAUUCCUUCGAGUGUAAAUGUCCUUCUGGUUAUAAAGGAAAAAGAUGUCAGGAAAUAGGUAUACGAUUACGGCACCGUAUCUGUUGCACAUUGCUAUUAAUUGAUACCCUUUUUAUUCCUUUAUCCAAAAUUGUGAAAAAAUGUUUUAGUAUCUCCAUGUGAUUCUGGACCAUUAAUAUUCUAUUCUUUAUUCCUUAAUUCGCUUGACUUUAUCCUAUUAUUCUUAAAAUGAUCCCCUAUAUUAUUCCCAAAAUUAUAUAAAUAUUUCCCUAUUAUUCUCAACUUUAUAUAAUGGAUGUGGAACUAGAAAUUCGUAAAGAUUUUCAAUUUUAUGUGGAAUUUGCAUGAUGAAUUAAACAAACAAAUAAUGCAUAACGCUGUUAGUCCAAAUAUUCUACGUAUACACGACGUAUUCAGAGACGAUACACACGUGCGAGUACGCCGCACCCCAUAUGCUAAUUACGGAAUUUACGUAGGCACGAUGACGUCAUACCGAAAAUGUUUUCCUAUUAUUCCAACUUUUGCCUAUUAUUCCCGGCAAAAGCAUCCCCUAUUAUAUUGUAAAAGAAAUACCGGCAUAAUGUGCGUGGCCCUACCUAGAUCGACGGUUGCAUUUAAUGAAAAUAGAUAAGAUUUUGCCCUUGUCUGUUCAGUUAUAGAUACACAGUAUCACGUCAUAAUGUGGGAAGAAUCAAAAAGUGGCUCACGAGCCGCCGCUUUAUACAAAUAAGGGAAUGCUAUUGGCUACCUUAAUUGUGACGUAAUUCCGCGCGUCUGUCCUCUAAUAGAUCAUGGCUCUCGAUCAAUGAAAGCGCUUGUAUUCUCGAACGUUAUUAUAUAAUAAUUAAUCGCCUAUGCUAUUCCUGUAUUAUAUAUAUAUUGCAUGCUAUGUCCUAUCAUGUAAAUUAUAUUCCUUCACCUGUUGAAGGCUAUAGAUCUGAUAGCCGAAAUUUCGUAAUUAAAAAUAUUUAGCCAGAGAAAGUUUGAUUCCUAACUAUUAAAUUAAAUUGAAAUUAAAUUAACUAAAAUAUUUCAGGUUCACCACCAUGUUCUUCAGCUCCAUGUCGAAAUGGAGGGAAAUGUAAAGAGGAAGGAAAUUCUUUCAAAUGCACUUGUCGUCGUGGAUUUGUAGGAAAAACAUGUCAACAAUCUGUCGCAG